ACUUUUACCAUCCUAGUGAUGAACUGCAUUGAAAUAUAUUACAGCUAUUUUGCGCGACGUAUUGUGGGAGGGCACAUAAUGCACAUUAUAUAGUUCGUAACGCGUAUGGAUUAGAUGUCUUGUUCAGAGAGAGCGAGCCUCUGUAGUAGGCUAGCCUUCGCGGGGAAGCAGUGGGCCGUUUGUGGGAAACCCGAGGUUUCCUUGCCACACCAUAGCAUUGAGCCCACGGGCGCAGUGAAGGCAUCGUCUAGAUAGAUGUUUUUCAGAGCGUGGAGGACAGAGAGAGGAAAUAUGUUGUGAUCACUGGUUUAAAUAGUCUGUUCAAAUGGAGAGACAUGGUGAUGAUGAUUCGAUGCAAACCAUAAACAAUCAUGAUAAAGUAUCUGGUACAACUUUCCUAGUACACGACCUCUCUGGUAGUCUUCUCCCUGAGUUGGAAGAGCAAGGCACCAUGAGGAGGAAUGACUAUUAUAUCCCUGUAUCCGGUGAGGAGAAGGCCGCUGACUUUGGGAACACUAAGGAUGGUGGCGUUAGCAAAUAUAGCAAGUAUGACUCCAUCCCAUUGAACUCCCUCAAGUCAGAUGAGGCAGCAUCAGGCCCAAAGCAGGGGCCUACAUUCCAGGAUGGCCAGCGGCGGGUGGACUAUGUUCUCACAUAUCAUGUCCAGAAACCCCAGAGUGUUCGCCGCAAGACAUCCCGGUUUGCAGAUUACCGCAUCCUCAGGAGCCUGCGCCGCAGUCUGAGCACGAUGAGAAGUGGGGGCACGCCACCAUCCAAAGAAGACCCUGAGAUUGCUGCCCACAAGCAUCGCCUUGACUACCACGAGGAUGACAAGCGCUUCCGCCAGACUGAGUUUGAGGAUAACCUUCGAGAGGUGGGACUGGAGCUAGAGAAGGAUGAGGGGAACAAAAUCCCAGGAAUUGGCUUCCUGAAGAUCCAUGCUCCCUGGAAUGUGCUCUGUCGGGAGGCAGAAUUCAUGAAGCUCAAGAUGCCCACCAAAAAGGUGUACGAGGUCAAACAGGGAAGUAAUGUGGUGGAGAGGAUCAAUCUGUUCAUCCACAAAGUGACUGCGCCACUUCAUCCUAAAGUGGAGCCAAACAGACCCCAAAAUGUGAAGCAUCUUUCCCACCCAUUCUCCCGGGAAAAGCAGCACCUGUUUGAUCUCUCAGACAGAGCGUCUUUCUUCGACAGCAAAACCAGGGCCUCAAUAGUAUAUGAAGUGUUGAAACGUACAAGAUGCACGAAAGCCAAAUACACCAUGGGAAUCACCAGUCUCCUUGGCAACGGUGUUUACACUGCUGCGUACCCUCUUCACGAUGGGGAUGUUGACGGCAUGGGGGCGGAGGCCAAUGACAGAAAGAUCUUGUAUGAAGAAUGGGCAAGCUACAGUGUCUUCUACAAGUACCAACCAAUUGGGUUAAUCAGGAAGUACUUUGGGGAGAAGAUUGGCCUGUACUUUGCCUGGCUGGGGGUUUACACCCAGAUGCUGAUCCCUGCUGCCAUAGUGGGGGUCAUAGUGUUCCUGUACGGUUGUGCCACUGUGGACAAUGACAUUCCCAGCAUGGAGAUUUGUGAUCCGAGAAACAACAUCACCAUGUGCCCACUGUGUGACCGCGCUUGCAGCUACUGGAAGCUGAAGACUGCAUGCGGCACGGCCAGGGCCAGCCAUCUUUUUGACAACCCGGCAACCGUCUUCUUCUCCAUCUUCAUGGCCCUCUGGGCUACCAUGUUCAUGGAGCACUGGAAGAGAAGGCAAAUGAGACUCAAUUACAUCUGGGAUUUGACUGGCUUUGAAGAGGAAGAGGCACACAAGGACCACCAUAGGGCUGAGUAUGAGAUCCAAGUCAUGCAGAAGACCCUGAAGAAACAGGAUAUGUCUCCCAAGGAUAAAAAAGUGAAACUGACAUGUACAGACCGUGCACCAGCAUAUAUGAUGGGACUUUUCAUCAUGCUUUUUAUGAUUGGUGUGACCUUUGCUGUAGUGUUCGGGGUCAUCCUGUACAGAAUCUCCAUCAGGGCUGCCUUACACAUGAGCUCCAAUCCCACGGCUCGCUCCAACAUCCGGGCAACUGUCAAGGGCACCGCUGCUGUCAUCAACCUGGUGAUUAUCAUCAUAAUGGAUGAGGUCUACGGUGCCGUAGCUCGCUGGCUCACUCUUCUUGAGGUGCCCAAGACUGACAAGAGUUUUGAAGAGAGGCUGAUAAUCAAGACCUUUGUUCUGAAGUUUGCCAAUGCAUUCUCCCCCAUCGUCUACCUCGCCUUCUUCAGGGGCAGAAUGGUUGGGCGUCCUGGGGACUAUGUGUAUGUUAUCGGGUCAUACAGGAUGGAGGAGUGUGCCCACGCAGGUUGCCUGAUGGAGCUGUGUAUUCAGCUCUGCAUCACCAUGCUUGGCAAACAGCUCAUCCAGAACAACCUGUUUGAAAUCGGCAUCCCUAAAAUAAAGAAGCUGAUCAGGCGUCGGAAGUCUGACAUGGACUCUCAGCAGCAGGAGGACUAUAACAUGACCCUCGAGCGUCAUGAGAAGGACCACUUCCUGGGUCCCUUUGUGGGCCUCAGCCCAGAGUACAUGGAGAUGAUCAUCCAGUUUGGAAUGGUGACCCUGUUUGUGGCCUCCUUUCCCUUGGCACCACUCUUUGCUCUGCUCAACAACAUCAUCGAGAUCCGUCUGGAUGCUAAGAAGUUUGUCACAGAGGUCAGGAGGCCCAUCGCAGCCAGAGCAAAAGACAUUGGCAUCUGGUAUAAUCUUCUGAGAGGGCUCAGCAAAGUAGCAGUCAUUGUAAAUGCGUUUGUGAUUUCCUUCACGUCAGACUUCAUCCCUCGACUAGUCUACCAGUACAUGUACAGCCCUGAUGGCUCCAUGCACGGCUUUGUCAACCACACUCUGUCCUACUUCAACGUCAGUGACUUCCAGCCUGGCACUGCCCCUCUGCAGCCUAUGCACCUGGGGUAUGAAGUGCAGAUAUGCAGAUACAAAGACUACAGAGAGACACUAUGGUCCAACACACCCUAUGACCUCUCCAAGGAGUUCUGGGCUAUACUGGCAUGCCGGCUGGCCUUUGUCAUUGUUUUUCAGAAUGUGGUGAUGCUGAUGAGCGACUUUGUUGACUGGCUGAUCCCAGACAUCCCCAAGGACAUCAGUCUGCAGAUCCACAAGGAGAAGAUCCUCAUGGUGGAGCUCUUCAUGAAGGAGGAAGAGGGCAAGAAGCUCCUCCGAGACAACCACACCAACCAAAGUCCUUUUCAGCCCCGCUCUCGCCCUGCCUCGCAUACACCUUCUAAAUGCUAGUGCCCUAGGGGGCGGCUCCAUCUGUCCGUUCAUCUAGUCUGUUCAAAAACCUUCAGCCCCUCUGUCUGGACUUGCACACUUCACACACACACAGCGGCCUACUCAAGAAACGAGAGAGGCAUUUAUUGGCAGGCUUCUGCAUCUGCACCCCUUCUGACUUGUAGCAAGUCAUAGCCCAUCUUUUUGGUGAACCAGGUAUCAGGCAGAAGGCUCAGUGUUUUUUAUAGUACAAUGCAGGAAAACAUGUAGAUCUUUUUUGAAUAUGCAAUUUUGCUAGCUAAUGUUUUUAUUUUGUAACUUUUGCCUUUUUAAGACGCUGAGAUCAGGUAAAGGAGCUUGCCAUUCUGCCUGUUUACCAUGCCAAUUUGCCCUUAUGUCAUGUUUUUUAUGUCCUGUUUGUUAUUAUGCUAAUUCAUAACUAUGUUUCCAUCCAAUUGGACAGAUUUUCAUGCAAAUUUUCCCACCAGAGAUGACAUGUUGCAGAUAAAAGUAUGUCCAUGAUGACGUAGUACACAUAAAAAUACCGUUUGCAGUUAAAUUCCCACUUACCUAAUAUAAAAAUAGCCUACAAGUUAAAGGUUUCCAUCACAUUUUAAAAUUUACUGAUAGUUUUCUCACAAAAAAUGUUACGUUAUAUAGCGAGUGUGCCCACUCUGGUAUUGGCAAGUGCGCUCUAGCCAAUGUAUCUGCGCGCUGUUGGCUAGAGUGCGCAUAUAGCCUACCUGAUGAUGACAUGGACAAAAGAGCGAGAUUAUUUUAAUUUGUCAAAUAGCAGCCAAGCAUCGACGAUCAUAUCACCAGAAUAAGAUCCUCGAUAUUUAUUGGAAAGCAGCAUCAAACUCAUCACCUAUCACUUUCACCACCAUGUGAAGUUUAUCAUAAUGGCUAGAAACUGCUUGCUUUUCCGACGAUUCGUAGUGGCAGGACAACACGUCAUCGCGUCACUCCCAAAUUAACUUCGAUAUGAUGGUUAUUCCACCGAUAUCUCGCAUAAUUAAUUUUACCUACACAAAAAUAACCCACCUUGUCGAUAUUUGCAAAGUUUACUAAACAUUUACAGUUUCCAUCAGACCUGUCACAUUAUUUACACUGACAUGUACUUUACUAGCAUAAUUAAAAGGGUUGGAUGGAAACCUGGUUACAGAAAAUGUACAAUAGCCAUGUUGUGAAUAAAAUUCUAGCAAUGCUCUGUAAAACAUUUAGAAGGGGGCAGUGGCCUACAUUUUUGUUUCAUAAGCACAAAUUAUUUUGGAGUUUUUAUUUUCUGAUUAACAAAAAUUUGAAUGGAUCCCAUGCACAGACAACUAUUUCAAGGAGAGGAAGAAUGUAUUUUGUCAGCUCAUUUUGUAUAUUGUUUGUAAGUAAACUAUACUUUUUAAUGCAUAUCCAAUACACAGUCAAUAUUGAAUCCUAUUAAUAUAGAGUCUACAAAACAUUAGGAACACUGUCCUAAUAUUGAGUCGCACCCUCUUUAUCCCUUAGAACAGCCUCAAUUAAUCAGGGUAUGGAUUCUACAAAGUGUUGAAAGCAUUCCACAGGGUUGCUGGCCCAUGUUGACUCCAAUGCUUCCCACAGUUGUGUCAAAAAGGCUGGAUGUCCUUUGGGUGGUGGACCAUUCUUAAUUCACACAGGAAACUGUUGUG